AUGGUUCGCCGUGUCAAGGUCUCCCGGGCUCUGGGUCCGUCGCAUGAUCCUACGCCCAUUUCGUCAACUCUCACAACACCACUGAGUUCCGCCUACCCUUCGACAUAUGCCUCCGAAGCGGAUUGGGACAGCGAGGUGAAUAACCUGCCCAUGAGCGCACUCUCUCUUGAGCAGAAGAAGGCCAGACGGAAGGCGAAGCCCUUCCCCUUCAUGUCACUGCCGUCCGAACUUCGCCUCAAGGUAUACGACUACUACUUCGAGGGCGAUGGCAAGGUCAUUGAUCUUGACCCGGACAACUAUAAGAAAUACCACAAAAAGCUCGGCAUUCAAAGGGUUUGCCGUACUAUAUACCAAGAAGUCUCUCACUACUUCUACAGCAGCCGCUCGUUCCGAAUCUUUCCCACUCACCCGGGCAAGUACUUCAAGACUAAGAAGCCGCUGCUGGCCCGUAUGAAGCCAGCCUCACGAUCCCACAUCACCUCGUUGGAGCUGCGACUCGGUCCCGGCUGGAGCAAGCCGCCGCGAGGAUGGAUAGUUACCCCAGCUCUAGGACUCCAGCAAUGCGUCAACGUCCGUCGGCUCCUGGUCAUGGUCGAAUGCGACCCCAGCGACGGUAUCUUCAACGGAUUCCGCCGUUCAGACGGCUUUUACGAAGGCUUUUGUCGAUCCCUCCUUACAGAGGUCAUGAACGAGAUGCCCUGGCUUGACACGGUCACUUUUGAUGCGUGGCCAAGUGUUAAGAAGUCGGGUGCAAUGAUGAAAGGGCUCCUCGAAAUAACUGCGGCGAACAACCGCAAGAUUCGCUGGGGCCCCGACCGAGGAUGGACCGAUGGACCUGACGACGAGCCUCAGCCCAGCAGCAACCUUGUCCUGGUGCCGCCGCCUACGGAGUUCAAUACGUCCAGCAUCCGCACCCAGGAGGCCGCAGAUGGCUCCAGCUACCUCGAGAUGGGACACACCAAGGUCAUGUGCGUCGUGACGGGACCGAGCGAACCCCAGCGACGCGGAGGCGCGGGUGGUCAGACAAAGGACGCUGCCGUCAAUGUCAACAUUGUGGUUGCCGGCUUCAGCUCAGUCGACCGCAGGAAGCGCGGUCGCAAUGACAAGCGCAACCAAGAACUCGAGGCUGCCAUCGCCAAGGCUGUCGCCGCGAACCUCCACACCCAUCUCUUCCCCCACAGCAGCAUCUCCAUCUCGCUGCACGUCCUGUCGCAGGACGGCUCUCUGCUGGCUGCGCUGCUCAAUGCCUCGACUCUCGCCCUGAUUGACGCGGGUAUCCCCAUGACCGACUACAUUGCCGCAUGCACUGCGGGCUCGACAUCAACAUACGCCGCUGCCGACGACGGCGCCGACCCUCUGCUGGAUUUGAACACGCAGGAGGAGCAGGAGUUGCCGUACCUGACGGUGGGAACACUUGGUCUGACGGACCGCGUUGCCGUCCUGGUCUGCGAGAGUCGCGUGCAGGUCAGCCGUCUGGAGGGCAUGCUGGCUGUGGGCGUAGAUGGCUGCAAGCAGGUGCGGCAGUUCAUGGACAGGGUAGUGAAGGAGAAGGGCAGGCAGAUGGUGCAGGAGGGCGCGGCGGAGAAGGGAACUGGUCUGGAUCUGGAGAUGGAGUCAUAG